AAACUGUGUAUUUUUCUAACAGUACCAUCGAUUCGGGCAGCAGCGCCAGACAUCAUUGGUUCUUUUGAAAUCCACGAAGUAAAAAUUACACCACGAUGAUUGUUAAGGGGAUAUUCUUUGUGGCCGUCUGCCUUUCGUUUUCAAAUGGCCAGCUUGAUAAUGCUGCGUAUCCUGACGAAUUAAUAUAUACAGAAAUGAAAGAUGGCGUCACCUUCGAAGCCGGUUUCUCCACAAAAGCGGAUGUCUCACCAGACAGCGUGGCAUAUCCGGUGAAAGAAAUUGCCGAGGUAUGUGCACUUUAUGCGCCAACAGAGAAAAUUGAUGCAGAAGAGGCGAUUCCCGCUGACUUGCAAGACCUUUCAGAAGCUGCCUUCAACGAAAAAGUUGCCUCUAUUUUUCCUAUCGGCGUAACUGAGUGUCCAGAGUACUACUUCCGGAUCCUGCCAUAUUGGGUACGAUGGCAAAAUAAAUGGUUUCCUGUGAUUCGUUGUGGAAUGGGCUGGUGGACGUGGAUGUACUGUCCUCCAUUCAGCUGUUAUCAAACCUUCAACUACAGUAAAACGUUGAACUUCAAGGUUUGUGCCAGGUGCACCACGGAGUGGGGCUGGAGGCAGGUCUAUAUUUGGACCUGGUACAAGCCGAUGUGGGUCUGGAUCCGUGUGCCCACCGGAUGUUGCUGCGGUCUCGCGUGGGGUUUCCUGUGUUAGAGAUCAAUGCUGAAUAUUGCGGAUCAUUACUUUGCAGAUACCAUGAAAGACCCGCCAUCCAAACACAUGUAUUUUGAAUUUUCUGCUGUGUUUGUGUUUUUUAUUUUUAUUUUUCAAAUAAAAAUGCGUUACCUUAAAGUUUUAACAUUAAAUUGAAUUAACUGUUUUUGUUUAAUUGUUGUCAAAAUAAGAAACAGUUUCUUGAAUAUUACACAAUUGACGUGUUCAAAUUAUUCACAGGUGACAAUGAGUAACAUGAUGUGCAUGAUUUGAAAAUGAAGAAUAAAUAUUUGCAAAGUUAU